AUGCCUGAUGUCGACGGUUCGCCUUUCGCAAAGUACAUAUUCCCCUUUGAGAACCUCGUGUUGGAAGGUGGGGGAGCGAAGGGAGCAGCUUACGUGGGCGCACUGAAGGUAUUGGAUGAAGCGGGGAUAUUGAAAAAUAUCAAGCGGUUCGGCGGCACGAGCGCUGGCUCCAUCACUGCGGGUUUUCUGGCAGUAGGCAUGACUCCGCAGGAUAUUCUGGACAAGAUAAACGAGGACCUAGGGGCCAUUCUCCUUGACAGCCCCUGGUAUCUAUGCGGAUGCUGUAAAUACCUCUGGUAUUUCAACAACCUGGAAAAUCACUACGGAAUCUUUCCGGCCGAAAGGUUCGUGAAAUGGUACGGAGACGCCAUUGAAGAACAUCUCCGGAAGAUGAAGAGGAGGCAAGGGGUGGAGAACCCCAAACAGUUCGACAGUCUAAAAGGAGACAUUACCUUCGCUGAGGUUUACGAAGCAUUUGGGAAGGAGUUGUGCACGGUGUCGUAUGAGACUGAGUUUUCCAGCGAGGUUUACUCUCACGUCAAGACGUCGCCACUUCUGGAGAUCAGAGAGGCAGUGCGGAUGUCCAUGUCGAUUCCAGUGGUGUUUGAAGCGUACAAACCUCCGGUCGGGCAACUUGGACCACCAGCAAGACACGUAGACGGAGGAGUGUCCGCCAACUACCCCAUCUACUGUUUUGAAGGUUGGUGGCUGUCCAUGGAGGAACAAAACACCUUUGCUAACCGGCUGGAUGGGUUAAAUGGAUGGGACCUGGCAAAGAACUUCCGUCCCGAUGUCAGCCGCGAACACUUUCGAGUCGAGGGGAGUCCCCAUGAGCAGAAAGCGAUUCGAGAGAAAACCCUUGGCUCGUGUCUGUUUACAGACACUCAGCCAGCAGACCGGUACCAACACCAGUUUGAAGAUCGUACGAAACACUUCGUGGAGAAUCACCCUCAAUACAAGAGGAUGUUGGAAAGACCAAAUACAAAGCUGGGAAAGGAGUACGGAAAGAGGGACCAUCAGUUGCAGCAGGAUCGGGAUAAGUUCUCCAAGGAACUAGACAAUGACCGCAAGCUGGAGAACAAGAUUAUGCGGGUCGCCGAAGCAUGCCCGAACAAAGCGGAGAUGGAAUGCCGAUUUGCGACGCUGACGCCUCAAGAGACCAUACAGAUAUACGGAAAGAACGACCCGAAAGCAGCUUUCAAGAUGCUGUUUCUUAACUACAAGGAUGAGCCGACCACGACUCUUGCUCUGGACAUCUUCCAUAACGAGAAGCCCCUACAAGCAGCGAGGAACAGAAACCUGAAAGGGUCAUUCGCGAACACCCCGUUACAGCUGUACUCGCAGUUGGCGGCCAUGUUCGGCAAAAACCUUCCUAUGCAGGUAGGAGUCCGUCAGGAGUGA